UUUGGUUCUCUCUAAAGAUUUUUUUUUGUUAUUUCAAGAAAUGGACAUGGCUUUAUCCAUGGAUAAUAUUUCUAUAUCCAAUGAGGAUGAAAAUUCUAUGAUGAAAGCUAUGCACCUUCCUUGUGGUUUAGUCCUUAACAUGGUUUUAAAAGCUGCCAUAGAACUGGACCUAUUUGAACUUAUAGCAAAAUCUAGUGCUCAAAAGCUAUCUUCGUAUGAAAUUGCAUCUCAAAUUCCCACAAAAAAUCCAAAUGCACCACUUGUUCUUGAAAGGAUUUUAAGGUUUCUUGCUAUUCAAUCUUUUCUCACAUGCAACAUUACAAAGGAUGAUGAUGGAAAUAAUCAAACAUCCUACAGUUUGACUCCAUUAAGCCAAAGCUUAAUCCCAGAUAAAGAUGGAUCAUCAAUUGCUCCCUUUUUAGUACUGACAGUUGAUCCAGUUGGUAUUAAUUCUUGGUUUCAUUUGAAAGAUGCAAUCCUAGAGGGAGAGAUACCAUUCAACAAGGCCCAUGGGAUGCAUGCAUUUGAAUACCAUGGAAAAGACAGCAGAUUCAAUGGGGUAUUCAACAAAGCCAUGCAAAACCUGACAUGCAUUGAAAUGAAGAGAAUUCUUGAGUGUUACAAUGGCUUUCAAGGAGUUAAAGAGAUAAUAGAUGUGGGAGGUGGACAUGGAAUGUCAUUAGCUUCUAUAAUUUCCAAGUAUCCAAACAUCAAGGGUAUUAAUUUUGACCUACCCUAUGUCAUCAAAGAUGCCCCUACUUAUGAAGGGAUAGAGCAUGUUGGAGGAGACAUGUUUAAGAGUAUUCCUCAAGGGGAGGUAAUCAUUCUCAAGGCCGUACUACAUAAUUGGGAUGAUGAAUAUUGCGUGAAAGUAUUGAAGAAUUGUUGGAAAGCAUUGCCAAAAGAUGGUAAAGUAGUGGUAAUUGAACAAAUACAGGCAGAAUAUCCAGAGAUGAAUCUUCUGUGUAAGCAUUCAUUUAGUAUGGACAUAGCAAUGAUGACUAUGGUUGGUGGAGGCAAAGAAAGAACAAAGCAACAAUUUGAAGCCUUGGCUAAACAAGCUGGAUUUACGACUGCUCUCAAAACUGUAGCUCGAGCAUAUUAUUCUUGGGUCGUGGAAUUAUACAAGUAGUAACUACCUGCUAGUUUAACUAAUUUCUGCUCUAAUAAUACUCCCUAUGUUGCAACUA